GUACCCUGGGAAGCAGAGCUAUCCGGGGCGCGCGGCCUGGUGGCGGUCAGCUUCUGAAGCUCGCGAAGGCGCAGUUUGCGGGGCGCUGGCUCGGGGUCCCCGGUCGCUGAGCCGAGAGCCUGGCCCCGCGGACCGAGGGGUCAUUGACAUUCAGAGACGUGGCCAUAGACUUCUCCCAGGAGGAAUGGGAAUGGCUUCAGCCUGCUCAAAGAGAUUUGUACAGACAUGUAAUGUUGGAGAACUUUGGCCACCUGGUCUCACUGGCAGGUCUUAACAUUUCUAAGCCAGAUGUGGUUUCCUUGUUGGAGCAAGGGAGAGAACCCUGGCUGGGGAAAGGAGACAUGAGCAGAGGUCUAUUUCCAGCUUCAGAGUCAAACGCUGAGAUCAGAGAGUUUUCUCCAGAGAAUGUCCUGUGUGAAGAUGACUCAUCCCGGUGCUUGAUAAUGGACAGGUUUCUAAGCCAAGGCUCGGAGUGUUCCAGUGUUAAAGGAGACUGGAAACGUGAGGGCGAUGCUGAGGUGCUGCAGGGAAAUCAGGGAUGCGUCAGGCAAGUGACAGUUCCCCAUCAAGAAGCCCUGUCUCAACACAUGCGUGUCGGUACUGUGGAGAGACCCUACGGCUGCCAGGAAUGUGGGAAAACUUUCAGUCGGCGCUUUUCCCUUGUGCUACAUCAGAGAACUCAUACUGGAGAGAAACCAUAUGUGUGUAAGGAGUGUGGCAAAACCUUUAGCCAGAUCUCAAACCUCGUGAAACAUCAGAUGAUCCAUACUGGAAAGAAGCCCCAUGAGUGUAAAGACUGCAGUAAAACAUUCAGUUACCUUUCAUUCCUUAUCGAACACCAGAGAACACACACUGGGGAGAAACCGUAUGAAUGUACUGAGUGUGGGAAGGCCUUCAGCCGUGCCUCAAACCUCACUCGGCAUCAGAGAAUUCACAUGGGAAAGAAGCAGUAUGUGUGUAGGAAAUGUGGGAAGGCCUUCAGCAGCGGCUCUGAGCUCAUUCGCCAUCAGAUCACACACACGGGGGAGAAGCCUUACGAAUGCAUCGAGUGUGGGAAGGCGUUUCGUCGUUCCUCGCACCUCACCCGACAUCAGAGCGUCCACGCCUCCAAAACCCCCUAUGAAUGUGGUGAAUGCAGCAAAGCCUUCCGCUGCCACUCGUUCCUCAUCAAACACCAGAGGAUUCACGCAGGAGAAAAGCUCUUCGAGUGUGACGAGUGUGGUAAAGUUUUCACGUGGCAUGCGUCCCUUGCGCAGCAUAUGAAGAUCCACACUGGAGAGAAACCCUAUGCGUGUGCUGAGUGUGACAAAACCUUUAGCCGGAGCUUCUCCCUCAUCCUACACCAGAUAACUCACACUGGGGAGAAACCCUACGUAUGUCAGGUCUGCAGUAAAUCCUUCAGCUGGAGCUCAAACCUUGCCAAACACCAGAGAACACAUACUCUAGAGAACCCCUAUGAAUACGAAAACUCAUUUAAGUACCACUCAUUCCUUACUGAACGCCAGGGAAUUCACACUAUAGAGAAAACCUAAGAAUGUAUGGAUUAAGAAAAAAAAAAAGCAGCUAAUGCCUUACUCUGACUUCAGAGAUCUCUUGGGAAGAAGCCUUAUGUUAAUGUGCUGAAUGGGACGAAACGUGGUCUGUAAUUUAUUCAACAUCCUGGAGAAAAACUCCAGGAAUAUGGGGAAAGCCAUUAAUGGCUGCUGAUUCUUUUUGUAAUACCAGAAGACGAAAUCAGUCAGUAUUGAGAAGACUCUUCCUUUGGUAGGAUUCCUUUAAUCUACAUUUGUGAAUUCCUACCAGGAAAGGAUGCAUGUCAGUAAAUGGGAGACAGCUCUUAGAGACGAGGUCUUGUUCUGCUCAAGCAGGAUGGAACGCAUGGGUAUGAGUGUAUUUUUUCCUAGACAUCAAAAAACUCCUAACAAAGGAAUGUCAUACAGUCAUUUGGGAAUGCCUUUGUGUACCACGCAGUGUUUAUUAAAUUUUUACAUACUCUUCUAAGAAAAAGCAACCCUAUAAAUGAACUUAACACAGGGCGAUCUUCUGCAGUAUUUCAGACGUAUAGAAUCAUACUAGUGGAAAACUUCUGUUACAGUGAAUGUGGCAAACCUGACAGUUCUGAGAAGUUGAAGUGGAGAGAAUCGGUGUGGGAAAGUUUUUCUGGGGGGAGGGGGGUGGUUUUUAAGCAAAUUCAGAAAAGCUAUGAAUAAACCUUUUGAUUUAUAGUAACUUAAUGUGGUACUGGUUGGGUUUUUUCCCCCCACAGCUUGUGAUUCUGAAAAUGCAGCUAUCACAACAUUGACACCAGCAGUGAAGAGGAGCAUGCUUUUGUAAAAAUGUUACACGGAUGUCAGUUACAGAAACAUUUUUUAGGUAUUUUAUGGUUUUAACUUUGAGAUAGUUUGGAUGUAAGGUUAUGCUAACUUAUGUUUACCCUUGAAUCUGACUAGAUGUCUUACUCAGUCAAAUGUAAAUACACAUCAGAGGAAAAUGCCAAGGUAGUCGUCCUCUUUUGUUCCCUUCACAGUAAGAACAUGUCUUCUGUAAGCACGUACUUACCAAAGUAAAUCAGACUGCCUUCAUUU